AUCGUCGUUCUUGGUCACAUAAAUCAAAUUUAUAGAAAGAUUAAACAAAUAGAGAUAAAUCCAGAUUCCAUUUCAAACCCUUUGUUUUGUUGCAGACUGCAGAGAGUUUCAUGGCGACGUCGCUACUCCUUUCACCUCUAUCUGCUCCGACAGUCGACAAUAAUCGGGAGUCAAGCAGUUCCUCCGCCCUGUUCUUGAAAUCGUCUUUUCUCCACAACACCACUCAUUUCCUCCAUGCUCCUUCAACGAAAGAUGCCGCAAUUAGGAGAAGAUGUUUUAGAUCUCCGGUCACCGCCGCCGAUAAAUCUCUGGAUUACAUACCGAAGCAGUUUAGGGAAGGAAACCUUAAAGACGGAUUGAUGGAAAAUUACAAAAAUGUCCCUCAAUACCUUUAUGGUCUGAGUCCUACACAAAUGGACAUGUUCAUGACAGAAGAUAAUCCCGUAAGAAAGCAAGCAGAAUCCGUCACAGAGGAAACAAUUUCAUCAUCUCAUAAUUACUUAAACCACGGAGGAAUGUGGACCCUAUCAGGAACGAACAACAGGGGGCCCGCAAAAUACAGUAUGAGUGUCAGCAUGUAUCGCGGAGGUGGCGGCAGAGCUUCCGGAAGACCUAGAAGUGCACCUCCUGAUCUUCCAUCACUGCUUCUAGAUGCUCGUAUUUGUUACCUAGGAAUGCCUAUUGUUCCUGCAGUGACUGAGCUUCUUGUUGCUCAAUUUAUGUGGUUGGAUUAUGAUAAUCCAGCUAAGCCUAUUUAUCUUUACAUCAAUUCAUCUGGAACACAGAAUGACAAAAUGGAGACAGUGGGGUCUGAAACAGAAGCAUACGCGAUUGCUGACAUCAUGGCUUACUGUAAGUCAGAGGUGUAUACGGUCAACUGUGGGAUGGCAUUUGGUCAAGCAGCAAUGCUAUUGUCUCUUGGAACCAAAGGGUUUCGUGCAUUGCAGCCGAAUUGUUCAACAAAAUUAUAUCUACCAAAAGUCAACCGGUCAAGUGGGGCAGCAAUUGACAUGUGGAUUAAGGCAAAGGAAUUGGAUACAAACACGGAUUACUUUCUAGAGCUACUUGAAAAGGGAAUUGGAAAACCGAAAGAUGAAAUCAGGAAAGAUAUUCAGAGGCCUAAGUAUUUACAAGCUCAAGAAGCCAUUGAUUAUGGGAUUGCUGACAAGAUUAUUAGCUCAAGAGAUAAUGCUUUUGAGAAGCGGAAUUAUGAUGAGAUUCUUGCGCAAUCGAAGGCGGCAAGGAGAGGUGCGGGUGGUGGUGCACAGGCGGCGCCUUCUGGAUUUAGGUAGAUUUGAAAUGAUGGAGGUUUGGUUGCUGAUUUGUGUAUCAUAUUGGUCUACUUUUAAAGGAUGGUAUUAUUGUAUAUGGUCAUGAAUGGAAGAAUUUAUGACCUUCUGUAGAACAAUGUGAUAGCUUGAAGCUCAGAAAAAAAAAUAGUAAUGUGUACUUUUUUUACCUUUUGGACCUAUACAAUAUGUGCACUUUUUAACUUUACUGCAAAUUUUAUCACGGAGAAUAUACAUAGAUUAUUAUGGUUUUUGUUUCGACUAUAGAACCACAUGCCCUAUAGGAGGUUGUUGCUUUGCUUGAUUCAAGCUUUCAUGAUGACACCAAAAAACCGACCUUUCUAACUAGUUUUAUUAUACGGGUUCACAGGUCUACAAGUCAAUCGUCGCAUUCAAGUUCAUGGGUUAUAAAGUUAUUGGAAAAUGACUCUUAAGGGUAAUUAACUAUUGAGUUUGUUUUUAUUUGGUCUCUUUUUUUUGUACUCAAUAUAUCAUCGAAUUUGUUUAUGUUCA